GUUCUGAAACUCCAAGCUGCUAUCAAAUAUGAUGAAGAGGAUCUUUCUUGGGUUAAGUGUUUAGUGGACCAGUGCCCUUCUGAUGACCCAGAUACAGAGAUCAAUUUAGGCUGCCUUCUUUUUAAGGAAAAGCGAUAUGAAGAAGCUUGUGUUAAAUUUAUUGGAGCCAUGCGAAUGGUUGGCUACAAGGCAGACUUAUCCUACAAUAUUGCUCUGUGCCACUACAUGUUGAAACAGUAUGCUCCUGCCCUUUAUCACAUCACUGACAUUACAGAGAGGGGUAUACAGGAACACCCAGAGCUGAAUGUUGGCGUGACUACAGAAGGCAUUGUUGUCCGCAGUGUGGGCAACUCUCAGACUUUGCAUGAAACUGCUCUGGUGGAGGCCUUCAAUCUCAAAGCAGCAGUAGAGUACCAGUUGAAAAACUAUAAUGCAGCAGUAGAGGCUUUGACUGAUUUGCCGCCACGAUCCGAGGUAGAAUUAGAUGCUGUGACACUGCACAACCAGGCCCUAAUGAACAUGGAGAACUCCCCCACCCAGGGCUUCACUAAACUGCAGUUCUUGCUUCAGCAGAACUCUUUCCCACCCGAAACAUUUGGCAACCUCCUCUUGUUGUAUGUGAAAUAUGAGAACCAUGACCUUGCUGCUGAUGUCCUGGCAGAAAAUGUACAUCUCACACACAAGUACCUGACUCUG